AUGGCCCCGCCGCUCGCAUAUCGACGACGUGGGGCAUUGCUCGCCAAUCGUUGCCAUCUUGCGUUUGUGAAUCUUCUUCUCGUUCUUAUUGCCUUGACCGGAACCAAUGUCGGUGCAACCCGAAAACAACUGGGCAGUGCCCCAACUUGGGCCGAGCUCGGCAGUGCCACCAACCCCGGGCAAACGGACGGGUCGGCUACAUCUCGGAACCGCCGCGCCAUCUCGGCGUUUGACCGCCACAACCGUGCCGCAGCCCUCGGCUUGUAUCAGCGCUGGUUGGGGUUUGACAGCCUGCUCCUGGACGACGACCGCCAAAUCGGCGAGUCCUGGCUGAACGGUAACGUCGCCACUUGUGCGCCGGGCGGCCUCUCCAGCCACCACCAGCGCCUGGUCCUCUCGCACAUUAACCUGUACCGAACUUGGGCCGGGCUUGCUUCCGUGACCCUCAACCUGGACAAAUCUCGUGACUGCCAAGCGGCUGCGCUCGUCGUGUCAGCUACCCGCAAAGCUGUCCACGAAUUGGAUUCAGAUGCCCCUUGCUAUUCCAAUCGCGCGGCCCUGGCUGCUCGCUACAGCAAUCUGGCGCUCAACGUGUACGGCACGCGCGCAGUCGACGCCUACAUGGACAAUUUUGGAGAGGGCCACGAGCGCGUUGGUCACCGCCGCUGGCUUCUUUAUCCCAACUUGGUCGAGGUGGGGCUCGGAGACAUUGCCCCACCCGCCAGCCAACCCCUCGUGGCGGCAGCCAACAGCCUGUGGGUCCUUGACGACUUUGCUACAACGGUUGCGCCCAGCGUGGUGACCUGGCCGCCAGAGGGUUAUGUGCCCUUUACCUUUCUUCCCAGCUCUGGGCGCUUUUCCGUCUCCAUCACCGAUGCGACCUUUGUCUUUGCGGAAAUCACCGUCACCCUGAACGGCGCCCCACUCAAGGUGGUUGAUUGGCGACAUGACGACUUUUACGGCGAUUCAGCCACCACCUUCCGCGUCAAACGCCUGCCCAAGCUGGCGGCAGGCGACGACGACGUGACCAUCACCGUGCACAUUGCCAAUAUUCUUAUGCGUUCGAGCUUGUUCAGCUUGGCCUACAAUUUUACUCUUUUCGAUCCCACCGGCAUCGUCGACCAACUGCCUGCAGAAUGUGACGAGCUCAUGGUGCAAGCCAUCCACGAGGGUACGAGCAUUGCCGGAGCUUAUGUGCGAGCCGGCACGACCGCUCAGCGCUCGUCAUGGGUCCGUCGAGACGGCAACAUGCAUCUUUUCUAUCAUGGCAAUGCCUGGGUCUUCUCGCCCGACGGCUACACCCGUUCGGUGAUUGUAAGCAUUCCCAGCCUGGCCUUCCACCCUCAUCUUAUUUCCGAGGCAGACGCCAUGGCCGUGCGCCUGGUAAACUUUAACGUCGCCUGUCAGGCCUCGUCAGACUGGGAGGCUACAGAAGAGCCGGCAACGGAAGAGCCCGACGAUGUCCACACGAGCCCUGAGGACUCGUCGUCGACCACGGCAGCUACCGCAGGCCCCGAUCCCUCGACCACUUUACCCCAGCGCCGAACAACGGCCACCACAGCCUCGACCACUGUGACGACGACGACGACCACGACGACGACCACCACCACUACCAUCACGGAGACUGACCACGACUUGACCUGUCAGCCUCAGGCCUGGGGCUACGCCAACGUUGCCUGUGGCCAGCAAGAUAGCUCGGGUACCGCGCCACGCCGUUUACGAGUGGCGUUUCAGGCCAAGGCCGUGUUGGCCGAGCCAGAGCUGCCCAGCUUGCGCUUGUGCCUCGCCGCUUGCAACGCGACAACCGCCUGCGGCGGCGUUUUUGCUUGGCGGGCCUCGUCUCAAGCCCCGCUGCUGCGCUGUCAGCUGCUCGAUGCAGCCCGCUUGGACGCGGAUUUGGAUGCGAAUACCCAGCUGCCCAAACUCAUUGGAACAAGUUCCAUCUCUGCCAGCUACCUGCCCUUGAGUUGGCUCAUGGCGCCAUCAACGACCGUCGAGGCAUCAACAAGCAGGCCGUCCACGACUGCCGUGCAGAUGCCCCUGCCCUGUCACGCUCAAGAUGGGUUUGAGCUGGUUGCCUGUGGGCCACAGCAAUCCGACGUUGCGCCGCAGCGCGUGCGGAGUGGCUUUGUGGCUUCCCACAUUCUGGACAAGCCGAGCGUGGUAGAUGUCCGCGAGUGUUUGUCCCUGUGCAACGCCAGCAAUGCUUGCGGCGGCGCGUUCAUCUGGCAGACAGACGUGACGGCCCACGUGCGCUGCCAUCUCUUGGCCCACGAGGGCCUGGACGGCGCAGACCUGGUUGCGACUGGGAAUCCAUCACUGAGCUUCGUCCGCCAGGUGGAUAGCCCACCCCUGGAUGCACUGGCGUGUGCCGUUGCGGAGAAUACCGAGGGUUAUCAACUCGUGGCCUGUGGCACGCAGACCAGCUCAUCCCCUGACACCUCUGUGCAUUCGCGGGCACGCUUGCGCUCAGGGUUCAACGAUGACGCCAUUGAAGCCAAGUUGGAGGUCGCCGCCCGAGCCGAUUGCUUGGCCGCCUGCCGCCUCUCAGCCACGUGUGCAGCCGUGUUUUUGUGGCAGGUCUCCCCGGCCAAUCCCCUGUAUCGCUGCCAUCUCUUGACUGCGAGUGCGCAGGAGGUCGUUGGCACGUCUUCAAGCUCGGUUAGCCUUUUGCGAAUCACGCACGACUUGCCGGCUUUUGCUACCGUCUUUGGGGAUUUGACAAGUCGCUUUGAGCUAAGCGCUGUGGGGGUGCAGACAUGGUCCCCGGGCACUGCCCCUGCUGCUUUGGCCAAUGGCUUUCGCUUUCGCUCUGGCUUUGGCACCUGGGCCUCGGGUACCGUGUUGCGCGAGCGUGUGGUGUUGUCUGUCAGCGCUUGUUUGCUGGAAUGUUUGGAUGACGAUGCCUGCGCGGCAGUCUUUAUGUGGACGCCGACGGCUUCAGCUUCGACCUAUUCCUGUCGCACGUUGGCGGAUCGUGGUGCCAACCUCGACCUAGUUUCCACAGGCAACCUCGCGCUGAGCUGGCGCCGCACAGCCGCUUAA